ACCGGGAGGAAGCUAAGAUGGCGGCCUUGGCGACCGGCGGGGCGACGCCGAGUGACGGGGCUACCAGUUUCCAGCGGAAAGUUCCUGCUAGCAGCCGCUUGGCCGCAAUCGCGGGCACCCGGCCCUCGGUGCGCCACGGGCAGCUGCUGCUCUCCAGUGGGCUCCCCUCCCUGGAUUGUGUGCUAGGUGGAGGUUUAGCUGUUGGAACCCUUCUUCUUAUUGAGGAAGAUAAAUACGGUAUUUACUCCAACUUGUUGUUCAAGUAUUUCCUCGCAGAGGGAAUAGUCUGUGGACAUAAUUUGUUUGUUGCUUCUGCUAAAGAGGAUCCUGCUGACAUUUUAAAGGAGCUUCCAGCACCUUUGUUUGAUGAUGUCCACAAAAACCAAGUGGAUGAGAAAGAAACAGCUAUUAAGUCUAAACAGGAAUCUCAGGAAUCCUUGAAAAUAGCCUGGCGUUACCAGAAUUUACCAAAAAUGGAGGUCAGUCCAGCAGCUUCUGCACGAUUUGGUCACUAUUAUGAUGUAUCUAAAACGGUGUCUCCAGAACUACUUAAAUCUAUAAAGUGGCACCGGUUUUUCCUUCCUGAAGUAAUGUCUUUGCACCCUGAAAUAAAAACUUGUAAUAUGACCUGUGGUUACACCAGGCUGCUUCAAUCUAUCCAGAGGAUCAUAUACCAGGAAGGAUUUGAUGGAUCCUAUCCCCAGAAAAAACAAAAAAAUAUUCUGCGGAUAGGAAUUCAGAGCCUUGGUUCAGUGUUGUGGGGAGAUGACAUUUGUUGCGCUGAUAAUCCAGAAGAUAUUUAUAGCCUCACAAAGUUUCUGUAUGUUCUCCGUGGUCUCCUCAGAAUGUCGUUGUCAGCCUGCAUAAUCACAGUGCCAGCCCAUCUUAUCCAGAAUAAAGCAAUUAUGGAACGUGUAACAAACUUGUCAGAUACGGUAGUUGGUCUUGAAUCAUUUAUCGGCUCUGAGAGAGAAACCAAUCCAUUAUACAAGGAUUACCAGGGUUUGAUUCAUGUGCACCAGAUUCCUCGGCUUAAUAGCUUGAUCUGUGAUGUGUCAGGCACGAAGGACCUUGCUUUUAGAUUAAAAAGGAAGCUGUUCACCAUUGAGCGACUGCAUUUGCCUCCAGACUUGUCAGACACAGUGAGCCGCUCAAGCAAACAGGAUCUGGCAGAAUCCACCAAACUGCUGAGCUCAGGAUGUGGUGCUAUGGCCAUAGGCAAGAAGCACCUGGACUUCUAG